UCUACGCCUUCCAAGUUCUUCAAUCUGUGAGAAUUAGUCCAAGCCGUGUGUGUACUUAUUUCUUCUAUUAUCUGUUCUCUCGCCGUAAAGUCGAUCUCAAAAAUUCUCCCUCCAUGGCUUCAAUGGCGGCGUGGUUGAUCGGAAUAAUAAUCGUACUCUGCCAAGUCUCCACGCCAUUGGCGCAGGGCGGCGGCGGAAAUCCAAUGUCCAUCGUAAUCGCUUUCUCGGUGGUUGGCUCUGUGGUUGGAUUGCUCAUUCUCGUGGCGAUUGGCAUAUUCUCUUACAAAUUUGCCAAGAAAGUUGUAAAAGAAUGGAGAAACACAUCGAUUUCACCGCCGGAUCCGGAAUCGGCGCCGGUAGAGAUUUUGGAAAAAGAUGCACCGGAAAUGGAUAAAUUCCUCCGAGAAAUCGCCGACGAAUAUCCGAUUAGAUUCACCGCUCAGCAACUCAACGUCUUCACGAACAACUACGCAACGCGGCUAGGAUCCGGCGGCUUCGGUGAUGUUUACAAAGGCCAGUUCCCUAACGGAUUGAAGAUCGCAGUGAAGAUUCUCAAGAGAAACUCCGACAAAAAAGCUGAAAAUCAAUUCAUGGCGGAAAUCGGAACAAUCGGCAGAACGCGGCAUCGAAAUCUUCUCAGGAUGUACGGAUUCUGUUACGACGAAUUCAUGAGCGCGCUGGUUUUGGAGUACAUGGAGAACGGAUCGCUCGACAGAUUCUUGUACGGAAAAACCAGGAACGAAAUCGAUUGGGAGAAAUUGCAGGAAAUCGCGAUCGGAACCGCUAGAGGAAUCGCGUAUUUGCAUGAAGAAUGCCAUAGAAGAAUCAUCCAUUACGACAUCAAGCCUGCAAACAUUCUAUUAGAUGCGGAUUUCUCACCGAAAAUCGGCGAUUUCGGACUUGCGAAUCUCUGCAACAAAGACAACACACACGUAUCUCUCACAGAAUAUCGAGGAACUCCGGGAUAUUCGGCACCGGAGCUCUUGAGAUUCAAUUUUCCGGCGACUUUCAAGUGCGAUGUAUACAGUUUUGGAAUGGUACUGUUUGAGAUGGUCGGAAGGAGGAAGAACGCCGUAGUCGGUUCGUCGGGGAGCAUCGAUUGGUUUCCGAUUCAGAUAUGGGAGCAGUUCGACAAGGGCGAGUUAGUGAAUAUGAGCGGUGAAUGUAAUGUUGAAGAGGAUGGAGAGAGGAAAAUGGCGAUUGAGAGAAUGUGUAUGGUGGCUCUCUGGUGCGUACAGGACACGCCGGAGGCUCGACCUCCAAUGUCGACGGUGGUAAAGAUGUUGGAAGGGAGCGCUGAAAUAACACCGCCGCCGAAGCCGUUUCAAUAUAUGUAUCCAAUUUCCACAGAUACAAGCGCCGUCACCGCCGUCACCACCGCCACCGUCGCCAUGGAUUCCGAGCAAAUGAGCUCUGGUUCGACUCCGAGUCCGAUUUGGUACAAGGGCUCUGUCCCUAUUUUGAGAACUUGAAAA